GCUGGUUUUCCCUUCGCAUCUCUACUUUUCUCUGUAGCUAAUUCCUUCACAAACCAAUCAACACAGCCAACGGGAAUAUAAUUCCAUCCCCGGAUUGGAUCGGACUUUCUCGCUAUCCCCACUAUAUAUACACAAUCCUGCUCAAUUCCAAUGGCUUGCUUGCUAAGUUCAGAAGCAGGAUUAAGAAUCGAUAACGUUGAUGUUCAUGCUGCUCAAGAUCUCCUAACUAGAGGCCAUCGCUAUCUUGAUGUCAGGACAGAAGAAGAAUUUAAGGAAGGGCAUGUGAAGAACGCUUUGAACAUACCUUAUAUGAUCAUCAACAAAUCACUAGGUAGGGUGAAGAAUCCAAAAUUCAUGAAUCAAGUUUUGUCAGCAAUAGGCAAGGAAGAAAAGCUUGUUGUGGGGUGCAAAAGUGGUGUAAGGUCUAUGCAUGCAACUAAAGAUCUUCGUAAUGAGGAAUUCAAGCAUGUGUGUAACAUGGAAGGAGGAUAUGAUGCGUGGGUGAAGAAGGGUUUACCCGUCCACUACCCAAACAAAACGGAGCUUUAAUUAUUUUCAUCACUCAUUCUGAUCUUUUCAUCGCAAUCUUAUGUAUAAUAUAGUUUAUAUAAAUCAUAUUAUUCUCUCUAUUGUAACUUUAUGUAUGUAUGUAUUUAUAACUCGUGACUAUUUUUAAUUAAUUAACAUGCGACUCUAUUUUAAAUAUAUCA